AUGAUUAAUAAUGAGUUACCAACUUUACAAAAAAUGAAAGUCCGAUAUCCAUUAAUAUACAAGGAUGAUAUUUGUAUUAGAUGCAACUUACGGACAGAAGACCAGUCACAUAUCUUUACAUGCGAAAAUAACUUAGUAUCAAUGGAACUAUGCAGAAAUAAACUUAUCUCACUAAUUGUCGACACCAUUAGAAAUAAUGGCACAUAUGUGCUGACAGAUACUUUUAAAGAUAAUUUGAAUAGACUUGAGGAAUUUAAAAUCAAAGACGCAGAACCAUAUAGAAAUAAUCAGGAGAUAACCUUUCUGGAUAUAAUCUAUGGGUUGAUUCCAUAUUCUUUAACCAAGUUAAUUCACUCCAUAACCAGAAAUAAAGAAGAUACAAAUAAAUUAACCCAAGACAUAUUCGACAGAUUCAAAUCCUUCAUCAGGAAAGAAAUUUGGAUUAAACGAUGUAAAGCGGUAAAAGAGUGGGAGCGUGACAAUGGAAUUAAAACACGUGGGGGUAAAAAGUCUCGAGCCG